AUGGCUGUUGCACUUAAGCAGAUAGCAGAAGUCACGGAAACGGACUCGGGCAGAGACGAGAGUGACAAGAUAGACGAGUCGCUCAGUCUAGAUCAACUUCUCGAUGAGCUCGCACAGGAAACCAAACCGACGACUGCUGAGACAGAUGAGUUUUCACAGAUUCAAGCUGGGCUUGAGAAGUUGCCAAAAAUCGACAGCAACCUAGAAGAGCGUCUUGCAGAAGCUGCUAACUCCAAAAAGCAGGUCCUUUCAGACGCUGCUGUCAAGAUAAAUGACCCCAUCACCCACAAACAGAAGAAGACCAAGGAGGAGCAAGAUGCAGACUCUGGCAGCCAAUGGUUCAACAUGAAAAAGAAGGAGCUAACGCCUGAGCUCAAACGUGAUAUGCUUGUUAUUAAGAACAGAGCUGUAUUGGACAGAAAAAGACACUAUAAAAAGGAUAAGUGGGAAAUACCCAAAUACUUCCAGACCGGUACUAUCAUCGAGGGCAACACAGAAUACUACUCUGCUAGACUCGCCAAGAAGAACAGAGGCAGACUGUUGGCAGAGGAGAUUUUGCAUGACGAUGAAGGUGGUAAGUACUUCAAGAGGAAGUACCACGAGAUCCAGAGCGAAAGAACCAGUGGUGGAAAGAAACACCUCAAGAAGCUCAAGAAGAAGAGACAGGGCUACUAA